GCCGCCGCCCCCGGGAACCGCGACAAUGAACCCCCAGUGCGCCCGCUGCGGAAAAGUCGUGUAUCCCACGGAGAAAGUCAAUUGCCUGGAUAAGUAUUGGCAUAAAGGAUGUUUCCAUUGUGAGGUCUGCAAGAUGGCUCUCAACAUGAACAACUACAAAGGCUAUGAAAAGAAGCCCUAUUGUAAUGCACACUACCCAAAGCAAUCCUUCACUACAGUGGCAGAUACACCUGAAAAUCUUCGCCUGAAGCAGCAAAGUGAAUUGCAGAGCCAGGUCAAGUACAAAAGGGAUUUUGAAGAAAGCAAAGGGAGGGGCUUCAGCAUUGUUACAGACACUCCCGAACUGCAGAGACUGAAGAAGACGCAGGAACAAAUCAGCAAUGUAGGUGCACAUUUGUUCCAUGACGUGGCAGCCCUAACUUGUGUUUCUGGUUGAGAGUGUGAGGCUGGGUGACUUGGAAGUGCAUUAGUUGCUGUGAUAUGCAAGCAGUACUCAGUGUGCUCAAUACAUAUGCCAACUUCAUCUGUUCAAUCCCUUCCCUCUGAUUUUACCAGAGUUAUCUAUAGCCUAACACUUUGUUAUUGUAAUAUAGUAUCUUCUUAUUCCAUUUUGAAUGGUUCUC